AUGACGGACCGACAUGAGCGCUCGCCAUAUCACCAUCUGGAGCAAUCGAAACGCCAAUUCCGCGUACUCAGACUUCUCAACUCCGACGCAAAUGACAUACGGUGCGAGCUCAACACCUUCUCGCUUCUCGACCAUGGGUUGCCUACAUUCAAAGCUCUGUCUUAUCGCUGGGGCGAUGACAUUCCGGAGUUUGCAGUCUGCCUUGAUGGUCACCAAAUCCUUAUCCGUAGCAACUUACACAUCAUCAUGGCCCAAAUGGUAGCUGAAAAUAAUCGAGACUGGAUCUUCAUCGACGCGCUAUGUAUCAAUCAGGAUGACGAGACAGAGAAAUUAUCCCAGGUCUCAGCUAUGGGGGAAGUUUAUCAACGUGCGCUAGAAGUAAUAGCAUGGAUAGUGCCUGACCCAGAUCAAUGCGAAUCCGAUGCAGAAGAGGCAUCAGACGAGACUGCUGAUGGUCCCGAGCAUACACUGCCAUUGUCGCGCCAACAAGUCAAGGACGUAGUCUUAAGGAACAGUUAUUGGUCGCGACUCUGGAUCGUUCAAGAAGUACUCCUGGCGAAGUCAUUAACAAUACGACUUGGAAGCGCGCAAAUAAACUGGCCACGUCUCUUACCACCGACCUUGUUUAACUAUAGAGGGCUACCCUUUCAAAACGAGAACAUUCUUCGCCAAAUCCGGUGUCCCGAUGUAUCUCCAUUGACCAACAAAACUGCGGCAGAAAACAUUCUCUUCCACAGAAAGCGUGGGUCCUCCUCGUUACGUGCCGGCAACCGUAUUCCGUUUUACCAAGCUUUCGCAUUCUUCGCUAUGCAAGACUGUGCCAGACCACAUGACAAGGUCUUCGGCUACCUUGGACUCACAAAAAGCCGUAUACAGGUUGAUUAUUCUGUCUCGAUCAUAGACCUGUUCGUCGCUACUCUUGCCGAUUACUUAAUGUCUGUAGGGCUGAUUACCGAUGAUCUCACACCGAUCCGGAGGCGUAUGGAAUACAUGCGAACUGGUUUUGGCACAGUAAACGGUAACAAGCUGAUUACAGCAAUCGCGGCUUUCAACUUAGACCUUCACGACCCUGUGGUGAACCUGCUCUUCUACGAGGUCUUGAAGUUUUUCGUGCCAGGCUGGGAAAAAGUUCUUCACACUGACGCGAUGAUUCAUUGGUGGAUGGCUCGUUACGUUGAGUCAGCCGAACGAGACUUGUUUGCGCCUAUUCCUGGUGACUAAGCAGCAAUGCGGAAGGAAAUAUGUGCGCGUCAGAAGGCAUUAGCUCAGGACGAUGCUGUAUUGACUGAGGUUGAGAGCGGUGAAACAAAAAAGUACAGUGAAUGGGCUGCUCACGCCAGGGCGAUAUCAAAUCAGAUGUGGCAGCGUUUUCAAGAGUCUGGUGAAGAUGCAGAUGGCGAGUUGGACGAUGAAUCAUGGGUUUUAGUCGCUUAG